GUGGGGCCGCGCUCUGGCCCGUCCCGCGCUGCCUGGCGGGAGGGGCCGAGCCCGUGUUCCUCCUCCUUACCGGUCCGCAUCCUUAAAGCACGAGUCCGGACGCCCCGCCUGUUGGAGAGGGGGCCGGGAUACGGCCAGCGAACAGUCGGGGCAGGCCAGGGCUGACCGAGGAGGGCCAGAGGCCACGGAGCAGCCGCGGCUGAUACGCCAGUGUCUUGGCCUCAACCGAGAGGUUGCGGGACCUGCGAGGGGAGGGGUCCCGGGCGCCAUUGCUGACCGACAGAGCGCCGCCUGGUCCCUGUUCGCCCUCGUCUGCUCUCCCCUGGCUGGGAGGAGCUGUAGCUCGGGGCCGUAGCCAGCCCCUGGCCGGGACUCGUGAAUCCGGUGCCUCGUCUGCUGCCCGCGCAGGGCCGCGGGGCCGAGACCAUGUUUGACAAGACGCGGCUGCCGUACGUGGCCCUCGAUUUGCUCUGUCUGUUACUGGCUGGAUUGCCUUUUGCAAUUCUUACUUCAAGGCAUACCCCCUUCCAACGAGGAUUAUUCUGUAAUGAUGAGUCCAUCAAGUACCCUUACAAAGAAGACACCAUACCUUAUGCGUUAUUAGGUGGAAUAAUCAUUCCAUUCAGUAUUAUCGUUAUGAUUAUUGGAGAAACCCUGUCUGUUUACUGUAACAUCUUGCACUCUAAUUCCUUUAUCAGGAAUAACUACAUAGCCACUAUUUACAAAGCCAUUGGAACAUUUUUAUUUGGUGCAGCUGCUAGCCAGUCCCUGACUGACAUUGCCAAGUAUUCAAUAGGCAGAUUGCGGCCUCACUUCUUGGAUGUUUGUGACCCAGAUUGGUCAAAAAUCAACUGCAGUGAUGGUUACAUUGAAAACUACAUAUGUCGAGGGAAUGCACAAAAGGUGAAGGAGGGCAGAUUGUCCUUUUACUCGGGCCACUCUUCAUUCUCCAUGUACUGCAUGCUGUUUGUAGCACUUUAUCUUCAAGCCAGAAUGAAGGCAGACUGGGCAAGACUCUUACGCCCCACGCUGCAAUUUGGUCUUGUUGCUGUAUCCAUUUACGUGGGCCUUUCUCGAGUGUCUGAUUACAAACACCACUGGAGUGAUGUGUUGACUGGACUCAUUCAAGGAGCUCUGGUUGCAAUAUUAGUUGUUGUGUAUGUAUCAGAUUUCUUCAAGGAGAGAAACUCGCCUUUUAAAGAAAGAAAAGAGGAGGAUUCUCAUACAACUCUACACGAAACACCGACGACGACGACGACAACAACAACGGGGAAUCACUAUCGGAACAAUCACCAACCUUGAAGGUGACAGAACGCCCAGAUGAACCUGGCCUGCUUUUUAAAGGAAAAUGAUUGCAACCUGAAGGCAAGAGGAUGUGUCUCUUGCUGGUGUACAAGCCUUUAAGGACUGCUGCUGCUAUACCUUGGAUGCCCACUUUACCUGUGUGUAUAUAGUUACAUUUAACACAACACUUAUCUAAUAGCUCUGAGUUCAUGAAAAAAAUUUCAAGCCUUUCACUAAAACAAUGCCCACUUGUACAUUUUUUAUUAAAAAAUGUAAUGCUUAUGUACAAAUGUGUAUGUAAUAUGCUUUCU